AUGGGUUGUACAGCAAACAUAAAAGGCCACAAUUGUUCAGGAGAUGAAGAAGGUUAAGCUAACGUUAACGUUUUUGAAAACUUUCAGCAUCGCAAAGUGAGCUUUAAGUUUUUCUGCUUUCAGUAUCCUCAGUCAUCUUACUAACCUUGAUCUGGAGGGGAAAUCUUAGCAGCCUGCUAGCUGAAUUUCAGACUUCUCUAGUCUGGGCUUGAUUAUAUUAUUUUUUCUGAGGCUCUAGGCGAAAAUAAAACUUCGUUACUAAGGCGUAACGCCCAGUUUCGAGCCGGGAGAAUUGCACGAUUUCCCUUAUGGGGCUCCCCUAUCGGAUCUGAAUAUAAGUAUGCAUUCGGCAAAUCCCUACAACGCACUCCACCAGACCAGGCAAAACCUGACCGGACACACACUCCCAAAUGCAGUCCUCCCUUCCAUCAGGUCUCCGGCUACAGGUGUUCGAGGGAGGUUGGAUCACCACACGAUAUAAUAUAUAUAUAGGGAUGAAGAAACAUCAGAGGAAAAAAAUAAUAACCCGCCAGAUUUACCAAAAGCAGACCUAAGUCUAAGUCUACCAGCAAAUGGUAAAAGUUUCAAGAUCAGGGUUUACGGACCAACAACAAAUGGAUUAAUUAAUGAGCCUACUGUGGAAACAAUAAACGGUUAA